AAAUUUAAAUAAAAUUUUUAUUUUUUAUGACAAGAUAAGCAAAUACUUAGAGGCCAACAUAUCAUACAACCAGUCGUAAAAUAUGUCUCUUUUAACCCACUCUAUAAUACUAGACUUCUUUGUCAUAAUAUCUGCCUUAAUUCUAACAUUAUACGCAACAUUUAAAUGGCGAUUUGGCUAUUGGAAUCGAAAAAGAUUCCAACACCUGCAACCAACGUUUCCAAUGGGAACAUACGACCUAAGUAAAUCUCUGAUCGAGAACAUGAAGAUUUACUAUAAUUUUGGGAAGCAAAUGGACUGGAAGCAUUUUGGUGUGUAUUCAACAUGUCACCCCAUAUACUUUGUCAGAGAUUUAGGCUACAUUAAAAACAUUCUGGCGACAGAUUUUGAGUACUUUUGUGCCAGAGGAAUUUAUUUUAAUGAGAACGAUCCAAUGAGCAAUAAUUUGUUUCAUGCAGCAGGCUCAAAAUGGAAGACGCUAAGAAAAAAACUGACACCUGUAUUCACUUCUGAAAAACUCAAGUACAUGUUUAAAACCUUGACUGAUUGCGGAGUCAUUCUAGACAAUGAACUGGAAAAACAAUUAAAAAACUAUAAACCAAUCUAUGUAAAGGAAUUAACAGCAAGUUACACCACUGAUAUCAUAGGUUCUUGUGCGUUUGGUUUGGAGUGCCAGUCUUUCCAUGGAAUCAGAAUUCAAUCGUUUCGGAAAAAAAAAUUUCAGUAACCUAAAAUUAAGAAUGAUCAAAAUAAAUCUAAUGAUAGCAUUCCCAAGGAUAGCUAAUUUUUUUAACAUGAGAAUUAUGGAACAAGAAACAACUGACUUUUUUAUAAAUGUUGUUAAAGAUACGGUGCGUUACAGAAAAGAAAACAACGUGAGUCGCAAAGAUUUCCUGCAAAUUUUAAUCAACAAUCAAGCAGAAAACUCCGCAGGAGACGGCAAUUCGUUGACCUUUAUGGAAAUUGCGGCUCAGGCUUUUGUUUUCUAUAUUGCAGGAUAAUAAACUUCGGCCACCACAAUGACCUUCGCUCUAUUCGAGAUGAGUUUGAACCAGGAAGUGCAGGAGCGGGUCAGGCAGGAAGUUAAGGAAGUUUUGGCCAGGCAAAAUGGAGAGAUCAACUAUGAUUCCAUAAUGGAGAUGAAGUACAUGGAGCAAGUCAUACGAGAGGCACUAAGAAUGUAUUCCCCGGCAUCUGUACUAAAAAGAAGGUGCAUAAAAGACUACAAAGUACCUGGGAGCGAUUUAGUCAUAGAAAAAGGUACUCUAGCUAUAAUACCGGUCGUUGGUAUUCACUACGAUGAAGACCACUUCCCGAAUCCAGAAAAAUUCGAUCCUGAAAGAUUUAGCGAUAAGAACAUACACAAUAUAAAACCGUUUUCACAUUUGGCAUUCGGUGGUGGAAGAAGAGAAUGCAUUGGUGAAAGAUUUGGAAUUAUGCAAUCGAAGGUUGGACUUGCUACUUUAUUAAAGAAAUACAAAUUUACUUUAAGUGAAAAAACUCAAAUGCCUUUAAAAAUGGAUCCCAGCCAGUUUUUAACCACAGCAGUUGGAGACAUUUGGCUUGACUACGAAAAAAUAUAAUCACGUUUUUAGUCAGUUUAGGUUAUAAAAAGAUUAAGAAAUUUAUUAAAAAUGUAUAAUUACUAAUAAAGCUAACAUCAACUUUAUAUGAAAAUUCCUUAAAUUAAAUGCAAACUAUGU